CGUAGCUAUUGUAUAACCAUAAUUAUAGCAAAAUAUGCAAUCCUACGACUUUGUGUCGGAUGAACAAGUUCAAUAAGCAGCCAUGGCGUACUGAUUACGUAGCUACGCAAUAGCGAUCACGUGUCUGGCGCCACGAAGACGGGACUACGUGCAGUCGAGACGACUUGCGUAGCAAAUUGCGUGAGAUGACAAUUUCGGAAAAUCGUGUUCUUGACAGAUCAACUGACAAAUUUCGAUGAAGCUUUAAACCUUUUUAUUAUGUCAACUUAGAGACACCGGAUGCGUAUAAUGAAUAUUGAAAUUGCAUUUGGAAAUACCUCAUUUGCACGCCAAUAUUAGUUCAAAUAUCCACACAAAUAAGUAUUUGCUCGCUAUAAAUACCAGAUUGAAUGAAAUGUUUGCCGAGGCAAGUAAAGACUUCGAAUUUCAUCGUUUACUGACUGAACCCACGAAUCGUUUACUGACUGAACCGAUGAAACCAUGAUUGCAUAUAAAGGAAGAGUUUCAUUCAGAAGAUAUAUGCCAAACAAACCGGUUAAAUGGGGCAUCAUUGCUAGAUCGAUUGCUGAUUCAACAACUGGAUACAUUUUCAAUGUAAAAAUAGAUUAUGGUAAUCCAAACUUGGAACAACUUCCACCUGGCGUCACAAAAACUUCGAAUUUAGUUUUGCGACUAAUGGAAAGUCAUCUGGAUAGAGGAUAUCACGUAUUUGUUGAUAGACUCUAUAACUCUGUCGCAUUAGCCGAGGAAUUGCAGUGAAGGAAAACAUCGAUAACGGGAACAGUCACGGCAAACCGGAAGGGACUUCCAGCAGAAAUAAAAACAAAACUAAAGAAAGGGGAAAUCAUCUCAAUACGAAAAGGACAAUUACUCGCACUACUAUGGCAAGAUAAGAGGCCGAUUUCAAUACUUUCGACGUAUUGUAAUGGUGACGAGGUCAUAGAGAUACAUAUGUGUUACAGUUGUAUGAAUAUGCAAUGUGACUACUUUGUUUAUUUUGCAAUAUGUUAUCCUUGUGAGUGACAAUAAUUGGCCAUUAUUAAUGUUAUUGGAAUAUAUAGCGAAUGAAGGAUAUAUUUUUA